AUGGCUAGCUUGAGAGUUUCACCUUUAUCCAUGGUGCAUGACUUGAGGGCAUUACAUGCAAAUCUGGAGAUAGAUGAUGAUGAGCAGAUGGGCAGAAUGUGCAUUCCUAAUGAUACUGGAUUGAAGCAGGUCAUUUUGAAGGAAGCACAUGACUCUCCUUUUGCUAUACACCUUGGUGGAACCAACAUGUACAGAGCUAUUAAAGAGCACUACUGGUGGAUGGCUAUGAAGAAGGACAUUAUAGAAUAUGUAGCUAAAUGCCUGACUUGUCAGCAGGUGAAGCUAGAACACCAUGUGCCAACAGGAGUUAGAUCAGACCCAUUACUUAUCUUGCCAGUGCAAGAAAUUGAAGUAAAUCUAGAUCUGACAUAUGAUGAGAAACCUAUAAAGAUCUUGACAUAUAAGGUAAAACAAUUAGCAAUAAGCAAAUACCGCUAG